UUUUCCACCAUUAAUGGCCGAAAGGUGUGGUGGCUUCCGACGAUCUAUGGUUUGGUGGCCUACUGUUUUCCUCUUAGAUUGGCAACCAAGUUUGCGUCUUUUUGUCUUUAGUCUGUAGAACUCGUUGACACUGUCCCAUGAAUGACGGGUUGGCGCGGCCGCUCUUGCUUUCCUUCUAGAUCCCGUUACGAGUUCUUUGAUAUUGUUGCUUGUUCGUCCUUCUCAAGUAUGAUGCCUCCCGAAUCCGCUCCAAAAUUUGUCUCUUAAGAGGGAUCACUCAACUCAAAUGGCAGAGGCAACGCCAAAGGCUAUCAUGCGGACAAUGGGUGUUAAAGGACUCACUCUUUUUCACCUCAAGAGUCAUCUUCAGAAAUACAGACUAGGAAAGCAAUCAGGUAAAGAAAUGACUGAGCAGUCAAAGGAUGCUUCCUACCUUUUAGAGAAUCCAGGCAGCAGUUCUUUGUCUCCAAGAGUGCCUACUCCUGAUGUGAAUGAGGGUCAGGAAGUCAAAGAGGCACUUCGAGCACAGAUGGAAGUGCAAAGAAGACUCUAUGAACAAGUGGAGGUUCAGAAGCAUGUGCAGAUUCGAAUGGGUGCUUACCAGAAGUAUAUUGACUCCUUAUUAGCAAGGGCAUGCAAGAUAGCCUCAGAGCAAAUUGCUUUAAAUAGUUUUGGCACGGCCGAGCAUGAACUUCCAGACAUGACACCCAGAGUUGUUUGCCCCCCUUCUAGUCCGCUGAGUCCAUCCAUCCUCCAUCAGUUAUCAGUGAGCUCGAUCAACUUGCAGAGCCCUGGUUGCAAGACUUCUCCAUCAUCAUCAGCGAUCGAAGGUCAGCUCUUUUGUCAGAAGCCACCUGAGCUAAAGAACAAACCUUGCUGAAGGACUGUUAAAAUUCGUUACUUGCUAGCAAACCUUGCCGACCAAGAAGUUCCAUGUAACUUGGGAACUGAAAACUAGCUUGAUUACUGGAAUCAUGGAAAGUGAUACCUCCUUGUAAGCUGAUUGUGACAACCACUGCUGCUCCUCCAAAAUUGUUGUGUAAUGGUUUUUGGUUUGCUUAUCGACUACUGUGCCUCCAUGAAAGGAAGUUGCUUGAUAAUUGAUGUUCUUUAUCUGA